AUGGCAGGACCCUCAGAACAGCAAUUAUUGGCCAUCUCCAUCACAGAACGUACCUGCUCCGCAAUAUCCAUAACAGGAACAUUUGUCAUUGUCGCUACAUUCAUCGGUUCGCGCGCGUUCCGGAAACCUAUCAAUCGCCUGGUCUUUUAUGCUUCAUGGGGAAAUCUCAUGGCUAAUGUCGCUACCUUGAUAUCACAAGAUGGAAUUCAUGCUGGUUUGGGGAGUCACUUGUGUCAGAUGCAGGCUUUUUUUAUUCAAUGGUUCAUGCCCGCAGACGCCUUGUGGACUUUCGCCAUGGCUUGCAACGUCUACCUCACAUUCUUCCACAAAUACGACUCAGAGCAAUUACGGCAGAUAGAGUGGAAAUAUAUCCUCUUCUGCUACGGCGUGCCCCUCAUUCCGGCUUUUGUAUACUUCUUCAUUAAAACAGAAGCACUUGGUCGGCUAUGGUGCUGGGUCUCAACACAAUGGGACUGGCUACGAAUAGGCACCUUCUACGGCCCCGUUUGGCUAGUAAUAAUGCUCACAUUUGCCAUCUACAUCCGCGCCGGCUCAACAAUCUACCAAAAAAGGCGCCAAUUUCGACAUUUCGGGAAUUUGGACUCUCUUGACUUUGACUCGGAAGCAAAGGCCGAUUCACCCCCGCUGGUAAAACCUAAACCUUCUGGUUUCCGGCCUAUUCAGGGUAUUCAGGGUAUUCAGGGAAUUCAGGUUACCAGUGAAAUUGCCUACUCGGUGCCGGAUGAGCGUCCUUCUUUGACGAACACGAACACGAAGCCGAACACAAACGGCGUUUAUUCGCAUUUGCAUUUGCAUUCGCAUUCGAAUCCACGCAGUUACAGCGUCACUUCUAAUUAUAGUGCCGAGUACUCGAUUACAAUUCAAGGUGGCCGGUCCCUCUCCGAUCCAGGUACUUCCCAGGAAGAAAGGAGUGUUUCUAUUCCGAGUCCUUCGGUUCGACCAUCUAGUUUUCAGCUUGGUCCGGGUCCACGUCCCGGUCCGGCUCCCCUCCAAGCUGGGGCCGGGGCAUAUACCUCGCAUCUAGAGAGGCCAGAGACACUCUCCACACGUCGAAGAUCAUCAGCCGCGGAAAAUACGUCCCGGGCUGCGUGGGCUUAUACCAAGUAUGCGAUGUUAUUUUUCAUUGCAUUACUUGUGACCUGGUUUAAUGUCGUCGCUCAUUCCAAGUCCAAGGCUAACGCUGAGAAACAGGUCCCUUCAACACUCAAUAGGGUCUACUCCUUCGCCCGUCCAAAUGAUUUCUCCUUCGGUUUGAAUUACGCUUCUAGUUUUGUGCUUCCGCUGCAGGGGUUUUGGAAUAGUGUUAUUUAUGUUUCUAUAUCAUGGCCGGCAGUUAAAACUACCUGGAGGAAUUUUAGGCAGAGGCCGCCUGCGAUGGAAAUGAUUUCACGAUAG